AUGCCCGAACAGAGUCACACGAGCACCCCACCUCCCAUGUCGCGCAGCUCGUCUUCACAGACACUCCCCGGCGAGCGAUUACCUGAAGAUGCGAACGACAAGAGCACGAAGGACGAAGCUUAUGAAGUACCGGGGCAGAGUAGCGAGGGGCAGGGAGAGGAGGAAGGGGACGUCCUAUGGGUGGACUGGGAAGGACCGGAUGAUCCUCUCAAUCCAAAAAAUUGGUCAUACAAAAAGAAAUGGGCGGCGACGCUUGUCGUCUCGUCAUUCACCUUCAUCUCCCCGGUCUCCUCAUCUAUGGUGGCUCCCGCCAGUGAACAAAUAGCACAGCAGUUCGGAAUAACGAGCUCAGUGCUGAUAGCCAUGACCACCAGUGUGUUUAUUCUGGGAUAUGCCGUUGGGCCAUUGUUUAUAGGACCCUUGAGCGAGAUAUAUGGCCGUUCGCGUGUCCUUCAGCUAUCGAAUUUAAUCUAUCUCGCUUGGAACACUGGAUGCGGCUUUGCGCAAAAUCAAUCCCAACUGAUCGCAUUUCGUUUCCUCGCCGGAAUCGGAGGCAGCGCGCCCCUCUCAGUUGGUGGUGGUGUUCUAGGGGACACAUGGCAUCCUGAAGAAAGAGGAAAGGCGAUUGCCAUUUACUCGCUAGCGCCACUCCUCGGACCGGUUAUUGGACCAGUAUGCGGUGGCUGGAUAGCGGAGCGGUCGACGUGGAGGUGGGUGUUGCAGUUUUGGUCGACGAGCAUCGUGGACGUAAUCAUCCAGAUUUCGGGGCUGUUCUUCCUUCGUGAAACAUUCUCCCCGUUUCUUCUCGAGCAAAAAGCGAAGGGCAUCCGCGCGAAUAUGGAUCCCGAAAAGGCUAGGCGGUAUAAACAUGUCAGGACCGUGUACGAAAGCAGUGACGACAGAUCAUGGAAAUCAAUCUUCCGAAAGGCGCUCAUCAGACCCUUCCAGCUUUUCGCGUUCGAGACGAUCGUCCAGCUGCUUGGGAUUUAUAUGGCGUUUGUCUAUGGGCUGUUCUACCUGUUCUUGACUACGAUGCCGGAGAUCUUUGCGAGGGUGUAUCACCAGCGCGUUGGGAUCGCAGGGCUCAACUACAUCUCCCUCGGCGUAGGGUUGACGAUCGCGUCGCAAGUUAACGCGAGGGUCAUGGACAAAAUCUAUAUCUACUUCAAGAAGAAGAACAACGGCGUUGGGGAGCCCGAAUUUCGAUUGCCCUCCAUGAUGCCUGGAACGAUAUUGCUACCAUUCGGGCUCCUGCUCAGUGGCUGGUCGGCACAGAAAGGGCUACAUUGGAUUGUCACUGAUAUCGGUAUUGCGUGCGUUGGCGCCGGGAUGAUCCUUGUCUUCCAAGCGAUGCAGACCUACCUCGUCGACGCCUUCACACUGCACGCUGCUUCCGCGCUUGCGGCAGCUUCGUGUCUACGCUCUCUCGCGGGCUUUGGCUUCCCACUCUUCGCACCCGCGAUGUACGCCAAGCUUGGAUAUGGGAAAGGAGACACAAUACUGGCGUGUUUGGCCAUUGGACUGGGAUGUCCUGCACCGUUCCUGUUGUGGUAUUACGUGAAAAUAUACCAUAUCAUCAAGACCCACCAACCCGUUUUCAAUGGGUCCCUUAAGCGGUUGUUCGUCCUCACGGUCGUCACGCUUGUCGAACUCGACACCUUCACCAAUGCUACCACCACUGUCCCGGUCAUUGUUGAUCAAGGUCUCGUUCACAGAGCCCCCGAGAUGAGCUCAAAGUCGGUUGUCAAGUCUCUGAAGUCCUUAUCCCUUCGAUCAAGGCAGAAAGUCCACCAGGAAUCGGUGGCCAGUGCCAACAAGGCUAGCUACUCUGAUGACACGCCCCCGUUCUGGAUGGAGAGCAUCAAACACCAAGGGAAAGCGCCGUUCAAUCCAGACCCCAACGAAUAUAAAGUAUUUCGAAACGUGAAGGAUUACGGCGCAGUAGGCGAUGGUGUGCACGACGAUACCAAUGCUAUCAACCUUGCGAUAUCUACUCAGAAUCGAUGUGGCCGCGGCACAUGCCCAUCUUCGACGGUUUCGCCUGCUGUUGUCUAUUUUCCGAGGGGGACAUACCUCGUCUCUGGGCCUGUCACGCCAUACUAUUACACCCAGCUUAUCGGAGAUGCCAAGACGCCACCUACCUUGCUGGCUUCACCGAAAUUCAAUGGCAUGGCGGUGAUCGAUGCGAACCCUUACACUCCUGGCGGAGGAGGCAGUCAAUGGUUCGGAGCAACGAAUAACUUCCAUCGCUCAAUUCGAAACUUCGUCAUUGAUACGACGCAAGUUUCUCCUGAGAGGCAGCAAGGAACUGGAAUCCACUGGCAAGUCGCGCAAGCAACGUCUUUGAUCAAUAUCCGGUUCGAGUUGUCGCGUGCACCGAACACUGCCCACCAAGGCAUUUGGAUGGAAAAUGGAAGCGGAGGAUAUAUGGGCGACUUGGUGUUUAAUGGUGGAAAAUUUGGCAUAUGGGGAGGCAAUCAACAAUUCACAGUCAAAAACAUUACUAUCAACAAUGCCCAGACCGGCAUUUACAGUCUGUGGAAUUGGGGUUGGACGUAUCAAGGCGUCAAGUUCAACAACUGCCAGAUCGGGUUCGAGAUCGCUACCGGAGGUCGUGCAUCAGGUGGUCAAACUGCUGGUGCCCAAGCUAUCAUCGACGCGACAGUGACGAACACGCCAAUCUUUAUCCAGAUAACCCAGCCUUCGAACGGAACCCUGGAUGGCUCAAUCGUCCUCAAUAACAUCAACUUAACAAACGUACCGGUAGCCGUUGGUGUAGCGAACGGCUCCGUCGUCCUUCCUGGUACCUCACCGUCCAUUCCCACGAAAACUAUUGCGUCUUGGGUUCAGGGAAAUGUGUACCAGGGCGCCUCACAAAGAGGGAGCUUUACGCAAGAACACAUCUCUGGGCCUUCGAAAGCAGCAUCAUUGCUGGACCACGAAGGAAAAAUCGUCGCCCGAGUUCAUCCUCAGUAUGAGUACAACGACAUUAGCGACUUCGUCAGCGCUCGGGAUUACGGUGCAGUCGGAGACGGUGUGACGGAUGAUACGGCGGCGCUGCAGGCCCUGUUCGAUCGGUACGCCAACAGCAAGAUCAUCUUCCUCGAUGCUGGAUUCUAUAUCCUUUCCUCUACGCUCACCAUCCCUGCCGGAACGCGCCUGGUCGGCGAGGCGUGGUCUGUUCUUGCUGGGAAGGGCAAGCUUUUUCAGGACCAGAAGAAGCCACAGGUUGUUGUGCGUGUCGGCACGAAGGGGUCGCAGGGGAUCAUGGAGAUUACAGACGUAGUUUUCACGACUGUAGGCCCCGCUGCUGGUGCGAUUGUCGUGGAGUGGAAUAUUAAGGAGCCGGAAGGCAUCCAGGCAGGCGCGGGCAUGUGGGAUUCCCAUAUACGGCUUGCUGGAAGCAACGGAACGAAUCUCGAAGCUCCAACAUGCCCCCAGUUCGGUACUGGUCCAUACGACCCUUGCUAUGCGGCCUUUUUGAGUCUUCAUAUCACGCCUUCUGCGACUGGCUACUUUGAAAGUACUUGGGUUUGGCUCGCAGACCAUGACCUCGAUUAUGGUGGUGAAGGCAUGAUCACAGUGUACGCAGGACGUGGAAUCCUUUCAGAAUCCCAAGGACCGGUAUGGAUGAUUGGGACCGCUUCCGAACACCAUGUUAUUUAUCAGUACAACUUGGCUGGCGCUAAAAAUCAUUAUAUGGGCCUGAUUCAAACCGAAAGCCCGUACUUCCAACCUAAACCCGCGGCGCCGACCCCUUUCAGCCUCGAUACGCGCUACCAUGACCCGGCUCCUUACCUGGGGAAUGCAUCCUCAUGGGCGCUGACGGUGAAAAAUUCAAACGAUAUUCUUAUCUUCGGAGCCGGACUGUACAGCUUCUUUAUCAAUUACUCUCAAGACUGCCAGGGCGUUCGAAGCUGCCAAGCGCAGAUUGUGAACCUCGAUGCGACAUCUGACAUCAGCAUUUAUAGUCUGUCGACAGUCGCAACAGGGUAUCAGUUGAGCGUCAAUGGAGUUGGCUUGAUAUCUCAAGUAGAGAACUUGAAUGGCUUCGCGUCGACUAUCACGGCCUGGACACGCAAGUGA